AUGAGAGAACCCGAAACAUUGUCAUCGAUUUCACCCUCGUCCUCGCCUUCGACCGUAAUAGCCACCGACUCAUCCAGUGGUGUCACUUCCUCUAUUGUCCCUGAAGGAACAAUUAUGAGGCAACUGGCAAAAGAUUGGACGUCCACCGACUUAUCAGCUCAGGUGUGCUACGGUGACUUUCAUACAGGAACGUAA